AUAGAAGAAUAUGAGAGAAAAGGAAUGGCUCUCUUGUCUUCUCCAUAAGCAAUUAGAAUCUGAAAGAGAAAGUGUUGUAUGGUUGCAACAAAACCAACCAUCACAAUGUUUUCUCUCCAAAUGAACCUCUUUCCCUCUCCAACGCUAACUACUCAUUCUUCAACAAAGACCCUUCCCACCACCACUGUUACCGCUACUAAGCGAAGAGCCAUAGUCUUCAGUUCAAGCCUUGUAGUUGCUUCAUGGCUUAAUUUCCUUAAUUUCAAUUCAGCACAACCACUUUCACUUUCACUUUCACUUUCACAACAGCUACAAGAUGAACUUCAACAACAAGAAGACCACCUUGUACAUUUGUUUCAGGAAACUUCACCAUCGGUUGUUUCCAUUAAAGACAUUGAAUUGACUAAAGUCCCCAAAACCUCUUCUAAGGAAGUCAUGCUAGAUGAGGAUGAAGAUGCAAAAGUGGAAGGCACUGGUUCAGGCUUCAUUUGGGAUAAAUUUGGCCACAUAGUUACCAAUUACCACGUUGUAGCUAAACUAGCUACCGAUACAAGUGGUUUACAACGUUGUAAGGUUUUCCUAGUUGAUGCCAAAGGGAAUAACUUUUCCAGGGAAGGGAAAAUAAUUGGUUUUGAUCCAUCAUAUGAUCUAGCUGUUCUGAAGGUUGAUGUUGAUGGAUACGAACUAAAGCCUGUUGUUAUUGGUGAAUCUAAGAAUUUACAUGUUGGGCAGAGUUGCUUUGCCAUUGGGAAUCCUUAUGGAUAUGAGAAUACUCUCACAACAGGGGUGGUUAGUGGUUUAGGCCGCGAGAUACCUUCCCCAAACGGAGGGGCUAUCAAAGGAGCCAUUCAAACUGAUGCAGCUAUUAAUGCAGGAAAUUCAGGUGGACCAUUGAUUGACUCUCAUGGCCAUGUUGUUGGAGUAAACACAGCCACCUUCACGAGGAAAGGAACUGGAGCUUCAUCAGGUGUUAACUUUGCAAUUCCCAUCGACGCUGUACUCAGAAGUGUACCAUACCUUAUUGUAUAUGGAACACCUUAUAGUAAUAGGUUUUGACAGUGCAUGAAAUCAACUUUUUUUGAGGAAUGUUUUAGAAAACAUUUGAUAUCAUAUUCACAUGAAAGAUGUUGAGUAUUCUAACUUUUCUUUUUUCUUUCAUACAAGUGGUCAUUUUAUGUAAUAUACAACAUGCCGGAGAUAAAAUAGGCUUCCAUAUGUGUAUGUAUCCAUAAAUAAGCUGCGGGUAAAUAGAGCCUUUCAAGUUCCCUGCAAA